GUGAAAUCGGCUCUGUUCCUUCCCUCCGAGCCGCCGGCCGAGAACUGCUCCGAGAACCGCCUGACCGCCGAGCUGACGCCGCUGGCGAGCGAGCAGCGAUCUGUGAAGCCGGCGCCGCGUUCGGGACCAGGUCUGCUCAAUGUCCGCCGGGGACACGGUGAGCUUCUUGUUGGGCGUGGCGGGCUGGGUACUUAUCGCCGUGUGUCUGGGCGACGAGCAGUGGAAGGUGUCCACCCUGGAUGGCAGCGUUAUCACCACAUCCACCAUCUACGAGAACCUGUGGAAAAGCUGCGCCAGCGACUCCACCGGCGUCUACAACUGCAGGAAUUUCCUCUCGCUCUUCGGACUCUCAGAUUACGUCCGCGCGUCCCAGGCCCUGAUGAUCAUCUCCAUCCUCCUGGGAUUUUUUGCGUCCAUCGUCACUAUAUUCGGUCUCCAAUGUGUCAAGUUUGGAGCAACGGAUCCCGUGGCAAAAGCAAAGAUUGCAUCGGCGGGAGGAGCGCUGUUUAUUUUGGCAGCCCUGUGCGCAAUGGUCCCAGUUUCCUGGUACGCCUUUAAUAUCACGCAGCAGUUCUAUGAUCCACUCUACCCAGGAACAAAGUUUGAACUUGGACCGGGACUCUACAUUGGCUGGGCUGGGGCUUCACUGCAGCUGAUUGGUGGGAUCUGCCUCUGCCUUGCUUGUAGGAAAGCCUCUGGUGUAACCGGGGAGUACUCGUACAAGUACCGAGCGUCCCGCUCAGCAAUGGGGGCGGCGUCCAGGAACUACACGUCGGAAGUGGACAACUCCAGUAACUACGGGAAGAACGCGUACGUCUGAGAGCUGGGGCUGCCUCUGGAUCCUUCUGGUCCUGGGCUUUGUACUGUUGGAGGGGGAGAACAUGGAAUCCUCUUUCCGGGAUCACCUCGGGGAAAUGCACAUCCUUCACACUCCACUGGCCCAAUUGUUGCACUGCUUUGUGUUAAAUGUGUUUGUAUUCAUGUUGCAGAGAUGCUGAUGAGUCCUCCCCUCCUCUGAGUGAAUGGGGAGGGUGGUGGGAAGGUCGUCAAUGACUGAAGAGAUAAUAAAGCUGUUCCUGAACAACAGGCCUGCUGU